GCCAGAGAUUGAAAACAGGAUCCACGAUUUCGGGGCAUUUAGUAAUGAACAUGCCAUGCCACCUUAGAGGCUCGGUAAUUUUGAAUUAAACAACCUUUCCCAACUGAUAGACAGUAAUUCUGCGCACCAUAGAUAGUACAUCACCAAACAGACCCCUUUCGAUUAUUAUUUUUAGUACAAUGGAGAGAUGGGUUGGACGAGUUGCCUUGGUAACAGGAGCAUCAGUUGGUAUUGGAGCAGCAAUUACUAGAGCCCUUGUAAGAAAUGGGAUGAUUGUUGUCGCCUGUGCUCGUGGAGUGGAAAAAAUACAGGCAAUAAAAUGUGAGCUGGAAGCGGAGUCUGCGCCUGGUAAAGUUCAUCCGAUCCAAUGCGAUCUUACCAAGAAAGAUCAGAUAGCAGCCAUGUUUGAAGAGAUCAAGAAGGAGUUUAAAGUACUCCAUGUCUGUAUCAAUAAUGCAGGCCUUACCUACGGUACGAAACUUGUGUCAGGAGAUCCAAAAGAGUGGCAAGAAGCCCUAGAUGUAAAUGUCAUGGCUCUGUGUAUUUGCACACAAAAUUCAAUCAAACUAAUGCUGGAUAAUGAGGUGAAUGAUGGACAGAUUAUACAUCUAAAUAGCUUGUCAGGUCACAGGGUCUUAGGAGAUGGAUUUUACUGUGCUACCAAGUACAUGGUGACGGCUUUGACGGAAGGUUUAAGAACAGAACUGAGAGCAAUGAAAACCAAAAUCAGAGUCUCUAGUAUUUCACCAGGAGUUGUCAAGACUGAAUUUGCUCCGAGGAGGUUACGAGAGGACCCAGCAGAAUGUUUAAUCUAUCAGAAAAAGCUGCCCCUCGAAGCAGAUGAUGUUGCCAAUCAAGUCAUUCACAUUCUCCAGCAGCCUCCUCAUGUUCAGAUCCAUGAUAUAUUGCUCCGACAUACCGAGCAGAAGACGUAGAAGAAUCUAACCUCACGACAUCCAGCAAGCAAAAUGAUCGUGAUUGAGACCAGUGAAAUAUACAUCUUAUACUUAUAUUCUCAACUUUUUUUUCAAAUAUCCUUUUAUUUCUUUGUUUUCAUCAUUAAAAAAACGUCUCAAGGAAUGAUUCCUUGUGCCAGUAUUGGGUGAACUUCGAGGGUACCAAAUAUUUUUUUUAUUGAAUACUACGAAGAUUUAUAGACCAUGGAAUAUUUGUUUAAGCAAGAUGUAUAUAAUUAUUGGGGACCUGAAUUGCUGAGGUUUUAAGGCUAAGAUAGAAAUCAGUUUUUCAUGAUUAUCACAUGUUUG